UGGUAGCAGUGCUGAUGAAGUAGGCGGCCCCUGGCUCAGGCCCGAAUUUCAAUGAAUGGUAGUAUGGGCCAUUAAACUUGGCUUAGUACCAUAAUUUCAAAACGUCUGGAUUCGCACUGUGCUUUUGUAACACAUGCUAACGUCAGAGCUUUAUUUUUAUUCCCUUACAAGUUCAUUAUCUAGGCUAGUUCAAAUCUAGGCUGGAAUAAUUAAGCUAAGAUCAUGCACGGGAGAUGUACAUGUACUGUAUGUUAUGUUAUAUCCCUCCAUCAUGUACACGGUGAUGCAUUCACCACCAAAACCACGGAGCUAUUGGAAUACAUGCCGAAACUGAUGUUCUGCAUAUCUGAUUUCAGUCUGUUAACAGAUUCUUACUCCAAGCCCCGCAAUCCAAAGAGAAUAAAGAUGGAUGCCAAGAGGUUGUCUCGGUUCCCAGCUCUUCUCUUCUGUCAUCCAUCCAUGGAGGACUUGGCGUCAGCCAUCGCAGCAAAAUGUUCCCGCGAGUCGCUUUCCUUGACUUGUUUCACCCCAAACCCGGGAUCACAGUCGCAAACGCUUGACUCGCACCCUCUUAGCGAGGAGAAUCUGACACAUGUGCAGAUGCGUCUUCAGCCGGUGGAGUUUCAGAAAAAUGGCAUUCUCUGGGAUAGCUUCAAAGAUGGAUGGCCCAACUUGUUUAUCGACAAUGUCAAGCAGUGUGCUGGAAGAGAUGUGAUCUUUCUCGGCAGUUUCCACUCGCCAGAGGUGGUGUUUGAGCAACUGUCUCUCCUCUACACCAUGCCAAGGUAUCUUGUUAGAUCUUUCAAGUUCAUCCUUCCGUAUUUCCCCACUGGAACCAUGGAGAGGGUGGAUACGGAAGGCCAAGUCGCAACAGCUAAGGUCCUUGCCAUGAUGUUGUCGUCUAUUCCCAGCACCGCCCAUGGUCCUGCCCAAAUCGUAAUCUUCGACAUCCAUGCCUUGCAGGAACGCUUCUACUUCUCAGACACUAUCAUACCGAGGCUAGAGUCUGCCAUUCCGUUGCUGCACCGUGAGAUGCUGAAACUCCCACAUGAUGUCAAGUUUAAUCUCGCUAUUGCUUUCCCUGAUGAGGGGGCCCACAAACGCUUCCACGGCAUGUUUGAGGACUUUCCACUUAUCACCUGCAUCAAAGUGCGCAACGGUGACAAACGGGUUGUCACCAUCAAAGAAGGUGAAGCAAAGGACCAGCAUAUAAUCAUCAUUGAUGACUUGGUGCAGAGUGGAGGAACACUCAGGAACUGUGCCAGGGCUUUAUUAGAGAAAGGUGCAGCCUCUGUCAGUGCAUUUGUCACCCAUGCCGUUUUUCCUCAAAACUCGUGGAGGGCCUUCACCACAGCAGAGGCAGCAGCUAGCAGCGUCAAAUUUGAACAUUUCUGGAUCACAGACUCGAUACCGCACGCCCGUACCAUCGCCGAGCACGCUCCGUUCAAGCUUUUGUCCCUAUGCGAUGUCAUAUCGGAGACGCUCCUGGGAUAUGACCUGGUACAGCAUAUCUGAUUGAAGGAUGUUGGGGGUCAGAAUGGUACAAGCGUUGUGAUUGGAUGAAAUGAAUGGUACAGCCCUCGUGAUUGUAUUUUAAGUUCAUCCACAGUUACGUAUCCUUUCAUACAGUGUGUUAGUAGCAGUUGUUAUGUCCACUACUCCAAUCAGCAACAUGAAAUGUUUUGAAUUUGCAACAUCUUAUUUGGUUACAAGUCAAGCCAGACUUGACAAUUUCAGUGUAAUUCAUCAGUGCAAAUACGUUUAUAUGUAGGCUGAAUGAAGCUUUAAUCCUUUGUUAAUAAUCAAACAGCUUAGCAGUACUGAAAUAAAAUGCACUGUUAAAAUGGUCACAGGAUCAUGUUGGCUUGUCACAUUAUGGUUGAUUUUUAUAAAGUUUAUUUAAACUUUUAAGCUUAACUCCUGGCUCUAAGUUUAUCUUCAAGAAAACCAGCUCUGUUGUAUUCAGAGGAAAGGUUCCAGUCUUGUUAGUUGACGCCAUCACAAUAUCAGUGACUAGUAAAAACAGCGUGAACAGUGACAAAGGAAUGCAUUAGUUCCAGCUCUUGCGCUGGUCGUAAGGGAUCUUGACAAGACUGAAAAUUUCACUUGAGAAGUGAAAAUGUUGGUAUGAUGAAUACCAACAGAAUCAUCUUAAAAAGCAUAUUGUAAAGUGGCGCAUUGUCUCUAUCAAAGUCGGAGCACUGAGCCCCAGUUGGAAGUUGUUAUUGGCACAGUUAUAUAGAACCAAAUCAUGUUAAAACGUCUUGUGUUGGCUAUUUUGAUAGAUUUUGGAUGGAAAGGGCUACUGUGUGGCCGGAUGUUGUUUUCUUUGUGCAACAAGUGGUACUAUAUUCUAGAUUCACAAUUUGCUAUAUUCAGGUUUUAUAAGAAUAGCUUAAAUAAGCUGAUUUUAAACAAUUAAAUUAUUGGACAAACUUGAUCGAUGUUGCUUGUUCAGAUAGGACCGGUAUGUAGUGUACGUUGAAGUUACUGGUAAAAUAGCAGCAUGCAUGUACAUGUACACAGCAAGGCAUCAAAGGAAUAACGUACAUAUAGUGGCUAAGACCCCGACAUUGCAGCAAAGUGGAAGCACCAGAAACUAUUCAUUUCCACAAAUUUCAGAAAAAGUACACAUUUGUUACUUUGUGAUUUCAAAUGUACAGUUCCAUUAAAUUUUUUUAAAAAGCAGUGUCUUCUUGAAAAACAGAAAAAGAUCCAUCAGUACUUCCACAUGACUCUAAAUUCUCAAGAAAACUGAGAAAAUAAUUUGUGAACUCGCAAUCUCCUACUCCAGGAGCAUUAAAAAUGGGCAAUUACAAUGUGUCUUUGUGCAAAAGCAAGUACACUGUAGUCUUAAUGAAACCUGACAGAUUGAUAGCUCAGUAUGAAAAAAACAUUAAUCCUAACCACACCAAAGCUACAAUGAUGCUGCGAAAUUUCAAGAGUCACUUGGUUAGAGUCCAAUUCAUAACUGAGUGCCCAUGGGGUUGAGCAAUGCCUAUUCCCAGUCUAAACAGUUUUACAGAUGGCAUAUUGUCUGUACUUUGAGACAAUGAAUCUGGAUAUUCCUUUAAGUCAAAUGGGAGUUCCCAACUACGCCGAACGGGUGUACAUUUUUGUUUUAGAGUGAAGGGAGCAUUUUUUUUAAGUUGAUGCUUGGAUUUUUUUAUGAGACAAACAUUGGAGGACAGAAAAAAAAUCACUUCCUAUGGUCUCAAAAAAGCAAAUAAGGGCCUUCAAGUUGGAGGGAAGAAUACAAACUACAGUGUAUACAUUUUCCACAAGGAAAAAAAAUUUGUGGUUGGUCGGCAGAUCCGAGAUUUUUUUUCCAGUUCUGAAUCGGGAAGAUUGGUAAAUCCGAGCACCAACUUAAAGAAACUCUCACCUGACAAAGUUAAAAAUGAGGAAAUCUGGUGAUCUGAAGAAAAGUUCGGUUGACUGCGUAAAGCAGCACAUCUUUUAAAAAGUAUGUCACAUGCUUGAAAGUUAAUUUGAAUAAAUAUUGGUACCCUGGGAAA